AUGUCGGCCGCCACCACCGGCCCUGCCCCUCCGGUGGCCACUCAGAUGGCGCCCCCUCCGUCGUACCCGGCCUCCUCUACUGCCUCAGCCUCCGUGGCCGCGUCCGUCGAGGAGGAGGACGACCUCUAUGGCCGCCUCAAGUCGCUCCAGCGCUACAUGGAGUUCGUCGAGAUCCAGGAGGAGUACGUUAAAGACGAACAGAAGAACCUCAAGCGCGAACUCCUCCGUGCGCAGGAGGAGGUCAAGCGGAUCCAGUCCGUACCGCUCGUCAUCGGCCAGUUUAUGGAAAUGGUCGACGGCAACAACGGCAUCGUGGGCUCUACCACGGGCAGCAACUACUACGUGCGGAUCCUCAGCACCAUCAACCGCGAGCUGCUCAAGCCGUCAGCGUCCGUCGCGUUGCAUCGUCAUUCCAACGCUCUAGUCGACGUGCUGCCGCCCGAGGCCGACUCCAGCAUCUCCUUGCUGGGAUCGUCGGAGAAGCCCAACGUCACCUACAACGAUAUUGGAGGAUGCGACAUCCAAAAGCAAGAAAUACGGGAGGCGGUUGAGUUACCCUUGACUCAUCAUGAGUUGUACAAGCAGAUUGGUAUUGAUCCUCCAAGAGGGGUGCUUCUGUAUGGUCCUCCAGGUACCGGCAAGACCAUGCUUGCCAAAGCAGUCGCACAUCAUACCACUGCUGCUUUUAUCAGAGUCGUCGGUUCGGAGUUUGUACAGAAGUACUUGGGUGAGGGCCCUAGAAUGGUGCGUGAUGUGUUCCGUUUGGCUAAGGAGAAUGCCCCAGCAAUCAUUUUCAUUGAUGAGAUGGAUGGGUUUGAUCAAACUGUGAAUGUGAAGGUUAUAAUGGCAACUAAUCGGGCAGACACUCUAGAUCCUGCUCUGUUGCGUCCUGGUAGACUUGACAGGAAAAUUGAGUUUCCUCUGCCAGACCGGCGUCAGAAGAGGCUUGUUUUCCAAGUUUGCACUGCCAAAAUGAACCUGAGCGAUGAGGUUGAUUUGGAAGAUUAUGUUUCCAGACCGGAUAAGAUCAGUGCUGCUGAUAUUGCUGCUAUCUGUCAAGAAGCUGGCAUGCAUGCUGUCCGCAAAAACCGAUAUGUCAUCCUCCCCAAGGACUUUGAGAAGGGCUACCGAACCAACGUGAAGAAGCCCGAGACGGACUUUGAUUUCUACAAAUGA